AUGGAUGCUUUGAUCUCACAUAGCUCAAAAAGCUAUUAUGCUUGUGUUGGGGAGAGUACUCAUGUUUAUCAGAGCCCUUCGAAAGAUCUCACUGCCAUCAACAACCGCUUGAACGGUACCCGAAAGCUCAGAGGCACUCUCAACUUCGACAGCGUUGAUGUAGGCCUGGUCAGUGAUUCGAUGGUGGCCAACAGCCUGUACCUUCAAAAUGGGAGUUGUGCAUCCUCAUCCGUGCUCCAGUGAAAACUGCGCAACCUGACUGAUGAUC